GCCAGGCAUGGCGGAGGGUGAGGGGUUGCGGGCCGUGAGGGGCUGCCUGGCUGCUUUCCCGCGGGAGGCCCGCGAGCUGGGGUGGCCGGAGUCUGUACCCUAUCUUGAUAGGCCUCCAUCCCCGCUGGAGUUUUAUCGAGAGUGGGUGAGUCCAAAUAAACCUUGUAUAAUUCGCAAUGCCAUCAGCCACUGGCCGGCUCUGAAGAAAUGGACCUCAGCAUACCUCAGGGAGGUAGUAGGUCCCAAGGUAGUGAGUGUGGCAGUAACACCCAAUGGUUAUGCAGAUGCAGUGUUUCAGGACCGUUUUGUCAUGCCAGAGGAGCGCCAAAUGCCUUUCAUGGACUUUUUGGACAUUGUGGAGAAGAAAGUGACCUCUUCCAGCGUAUUCUAUGUGCAGAAGCAGUGUUCAAACCUCACCAAGGAGUUCCCUGAACUUGUCAAUGAUGUGCAGCCUGACAUACCAUGGAUGACUGAGGCACUUGGCAAGAAGCCUGAUGCUGUGAAUUUCUGGCUUGGGGAAUCAGCAGCUGUGACAUCUUUACAUAAAGAUCAUUAUGAGAACUUGUACUGUGUGGUAUCUGGAGAGAAAUAUUUUCUACUGCAUCCACCGAGUGACCGUCCCUUCAUCCCAUAUGAGCUCUAUCAGCCAGCAACCUACCAGGUAUCAGAAGAUGGCUCGUUUGAAAUUGUGGAUGAGAAGACUGCAGAUAAGGUGCCCUGGAUCCCUCUGGACCCCUUGAACCCCAAUCUGGAACUGUAUCCAGAGUAUGCUCAGGCACAACCUUUGCAGUGUACAGUGAAAGCUGGUGAGAUGUUAUAUCUGCCUUCUCUCUGGUUCCAUCAUGUUCAGCAAUCACAUGGCUGUAUAGCAGUGAACUAUUGGUAUGACAUGGAAUAUGACCUUAAGUACAGCUAUUAUCAACUACUAGAUGGUCUCACAAAAGCUGUGAAAACGCUGUAGCAGAGAUGGGAGACUCGAGCGUGUGAUCUCUCUUUUUUGAUGCGAUACAAUCGUCAGCAUCUUGUGACUGGAGUAUGAACGUGACUCACACAAAAAGAACUCAAUUAUCGUCAACAAUGCCUGCCAAACAGAUCAUGGCUACUUUGCUUGAUUCCAGAGUCCAGAUCAACUGGCCAGAUUUUUUGGCUUGUCAGGAGAAGGUUUGAUAAUAGCACUUUUAGGCCUUUGCAUGUAGCCUCAGUGAUGGCGAGCAAAAUAGAAUUUGAAGGGAGGCAAUCCAGGUUUUGAAAAUCCCAAAACAGAAGCCCUGACUGUUCAGAUCUACACAUUUUUUGCAUAAGAACCCAAGUGGACAAGGAAGGAUCUGCUCUGCCACUCACCUGUGCAUCAGGCUGCAUCUGUCCAACACAGGCAUUCUGCUUAAGGCAAAAGUCCUGCACAAUUGUAAUUCACUAAGUUCAGUGGCUCUGGUGUUUUAAUGGUGGGAAACUACAACUUCUGGAAUAAAUAGGUCAGUUUAAAAGUU